AUGGAGCUCUCUGAUAUCUUCCGCAUUGUCAACUUGGCCAUUGGUGUCAUCACCGCCCUCGGUGGUAUCGCCUCGAUCUUUGGGUUCUCGCUGUCGUCUAUUGUUGUCGGCGUAUACCUGAUUGUCUUUGGUCUGGCUAUUGCCCUGCUUGAGUUCCAGAUUCCUCCUCAAGUUUCACGCUAUGCUUCCUUCCUUUUCUCUUUCGUCGGCCGUGGUGUUUUCUACAUCUUCAUCGGCUGCCUCAUCCUCGGCGACAUGGUGAUCAGCAAGAUUGCUGGUGGAAUUGUCGGCAUCGUCGGUAUUGCCUACGUCGCCCUCGAGUUCAUCCCCUCGAUCGAGCCCCCUGCCAACAUGCGCGAAGCCGACGUCGCCGGCUGGGGCGCCGAGCAGGUCUAA